AUGGUUUUUCGGUCGAGAGUUGAUGAAUACACAAGAGAGCAUAAAGAUGAGACUGAAGAAAUAU